ACCAAGCCAGUUGUACCUUCUUCUGUGUGGCUCAAAGCUUCAAAAUAGGUACACAGACUCAGAGUCCCACAGUCACGGAGACCUACCAUCUACCUUACCGACGGCGAAUGGCGGCCGCCAGAGUGAUGGCAGCAACUGCUACAACCAACGCGACGUCGUGUCUGCUCCUCAAAAGAACAUUCUCUUUAAACCAAAAGCCUCACUUCAGCGGAUUCUGCUUCAAUGGGAAAAGACAGGUGUCCUUGUCCUCUUCCAAGAGAUCGCUUUUUACUUGUACCGCUUUACAUAAGCCUGAUGUCCUGAUCAAGGAGGAAGGUCAGCCUGAGACGCUCGAUUACCGUGUUUUCUUCCUCGACAACUCUGGGAAAAAGGUUUCUCCUUGGCAUGACAUACCCUUGCACUUGGGUGACGGUGUGUUCAACUUUGUUGUUGAAAUUCCCAAAGAAACAAGUGCAAAGAUGGAAGUUGCUACUGAUGAGUAUUUCACUCCAAUCAAGCAGGACACGAAAAAGGGGAAACUUAGAUAUUACCCCUAUAACAUAAACUGGAACUAUGGAUUGCUUCCACAAACAUGGGAAGACCCAUCUUUUGCAAACAAUGAAGUGGAAGGGGCAUUUGGGGAUAAUGAUCCUGUUGAUGUUGUUGAGAUUGGCGAAAGACGGGGAAAGAUUGGUGAAAUUCUGAAGGUCAAGCCCUUGGCUGCUUUGGCCAUGAUUGAUGAGGGUGAACUUGACUGGAAAAUUGUUGCCAUCUCAUUGGAUGAUCCACGAGCUUCUCUUGUAAAUGAUGAUGAUGAUGUAGAGAAACAUUUCCCAGGAACUCUCACUGCAAUCAGAGACUGGUUUAGAGACUACAAGAUCCCAGAUGGUAAGCCUGCUAACAAGUUUGGUCUUGGCAAUAAGGCAGCAAGCAAGGAUUAUGCUCUGAAGGUCAUCACUGAAACAAACGAAUCUUGGGCUAAACUAGUCAAGAGAUCAAUUCCUGCUGGAGAGCUCUCACUUCUAUAAAUGCCUCCUCUGAGUAGAGUUGGAGCUGGAAGUAGUGUUGCUUGGGUUUCUACUUGCCAGAGUUUUGCCUUCUGGCAAGCCAAUCCCAGUAGUAUUAGUCUUGAAUGCUGAUAUCAAAACAUUUUCUUUUCACAUUAUUGAGAACGAAUAAUACAUUGGUCCUAUGAAGUUUGUUUCUACUCAUACGGUCAAUAACACUUUUGAGAUCAAUUCUACUCCGUUUCUUCUUCUUC